AGGUGCGCUAUGCUGGAAUAGGAUCUGCUGUGAUAUAUAUCCUCGGCAAUGUUCCAACUAUCUCGAUAACAGAUGCAGUGAGCGUUGUCAUAUAUGAGGUAUAUAAUUGGACGAAUGACGUUGUAGAGGUAAUACUGGGCGGUGAGCUAUACGCCUCCGUGAUAUUGACUUGACUGAAACAUCAUGCAAGUCAUCAUAAUCGCUCGAUUACAUGCCAUGUAUCAGCGAUCCAGAAAGGUGCUGAUAUUUCUUGUUGUCAUCUUGCUGGCCAUCACAAUCGCCAACGCAGUGAUGAUUGCAAUAAUGACGAUACAUACUUCAGGGGAGGAAUUCGUUCUCUCCGGCACCCAUCAGUGCAUGAUUGACUACACGGGAAAUUACAUGUUUCUGGGUUCCACGACUUGGAUAGUUGGCACUGUAUGGGAGGUCCUUGUACUGUGUCUCGCAGUCUGGAUCGCUGUGAAACACUUCCGUGAACUACGACAAUACUCAACGAGUGGUAUAAUUGGGGACUGUUUCACGGUGUUAAUGCAAACCCACCUUAGUUACUUUGCAAGUUUUCUAGUCCUCUCUUGCUUCCGGAUCGGUUUCUUCUCUCCAACACUCCCAGUGAGCGUAUACUCCUCGGACACUCAGAUUUAUGAAGGUCUCGCUCAGAUAUUCCAGUUCGUGCAGAUGUUUGUGCUGGGACCACGCCUGAUCCUCAGUAUUCGAGAAUAUCACGCUGAGCUCGUGGCCAACUCUGAUACAGCAUCCGCUAUGGCUUCAAUUGCUUUCCAGGAGCGCGUCCAUGUGUCAACUAGCAGUAGUGUGUAGCGCAGUAGAUGCUCGAUGUGAUUGAUUUGCAAUGGGCGGGGAGUGUGCAGGGAGCGGGAGAAUCUGUUUUUAUUUAUUCCAGGUUUUGUCGUGG